AUGUCAUUAAUGAAAUUUUUAUCUGGUUUAUCUGGUACUUCAUUCAUUGCUAUUGUCGCGACAAACGCUUUAAGCGCCGCUUAUCAUCCACGAUAUGAACAAACUCAACAUUCAUCUAAAACAGAUAAGCGAAGUUCUCAUCAUUCUCAUAAUAAUAACCCUCAUUUUCAAUUUCAUCAUCAACAUGAACCAAAAUAUUUUUCGAAAAAUGAUUACAGUCAUAAAAAUCACAAAAUUUAA